UUAAAAUUAAAGGUAUCACAAUAGAAAUGGAUAAAACAAAUAACCAACAAGUAGAUACACUUAAUUCGAGCAAAAUCGUAGAAAGUAAUGCACAACCAUCAUAUAGCAGCAUACUCAAAAAAUCUUUACCACAAACAACAUAUCAGCAAGCACCAAAGGAAAAUGAGAUGGAGUAG